AUGCCCCAAGAAAAAGUUAAUGUUGCUAGGACUCCUGCACGUCCUCCAACUGUUCCUAUCACACAUUGUGAGAUUUUACUCAAUAACACAGCUAUUUUGUUAUUUAAGAUUGAACCACAAGAAAAAAUAGGCGAAGGAGCUUUUGGAGAAGUGUAUAAAGGAUUGUUACAAGAUGGAAUCUGGGGUGCACGUAUUCCAGUUGCUAUUAAAACACUGCAUUCUACCAAUAUGACUGCAGAUGACCGCAUCAAGUUUCUUCAGGAGGCAAAUAUAAUGAGAGGAUUCCGCCAUGAAAAUGUGAUUCGUCUGCACGGCGUUUGUACGUCCAAAGAACCGAUCAUGAUAGUGAUGGAAUUGUGCCCGGGAGGAUCAUUGUCAACACGUCUACAGGAUCUCAAAGACCAAAUACAGCGGACAGUAGCCCCUAGGUCUAAUGAUUGCAGGUGGUUAUCGCCGGAAACACUGAAAUCUGGUGUUUACUCCACCAAAACCGAUGUCUACAGUUUUUCGGUUAUGAUGUGGGAAAUCUUUUCAUUUGGCCAACUUCCAUUCUACAAAUAUGAUAAUCGAGUUUUAAGAAAAUUAAUCAUACAAAAAAAGGUAUGCUCUGUAGUAUUAGCUUUGCCAAAAAAUAAAUUAGAUCUUCCUCAAGGUCACGCUGUCAAAAUGUUUGGGGGAGAUACCCCCAGAAAUGGAAGAGUUGCGCUUACGUUGCAUGGAUUACGAUCCCAACAAGAGACCAGACUUUAUCGAGAUAGAGGCUAUUAUUUCUGA